UACGAGUAAUAUUGCUAGAAAGACCUCCAACAUCUCGACUUGGAAUGGGACUGUUUGGCACCAGAGCCAAGAUGGGGAGUAACCAGGGUGAGUUGCAUGUUGCUGACAAGGCAUGCAGUGCGAUCGCAAAUCACAUGUUCAGCCGCAAAUACAGCCUUUUCUAGCUGACAAAGUGAGCUUCUUCAAAUCGUCUUGCGUCCAAGCUUAAUUUUAUGUAUUGUCGUGGACCGAUCCGAACUCAUUUUGCCAAUAUGGAUCGUUUCUCAGUCAAAUAUGACCAAACGAGGCUCAACCUCGCCAACGCAGCAGCUCAGGAGGAACAGCGGCGGCGAGCCAUGCAUGAAGAGGUAUCUGCGACAAAAGCUUUCGAGCCGGCAGUUCUGUCGGAAUUCUACAAGUACCAGCGCAUAUAUGAGCCUAAUACAACAAGGAGAUUGGUCCUAGAGCCAGGAAUAGACCGAGAACCUCUUCGAGGGCAUUUGAGAACAUUUGCUAUCUCAGAAGCCGAGCAUUAUAGUGCGUUGUCAUAUGUUUGGGGAGCACCGGAUUUCUCAGAGACAAUCCUGCUGGAAGGCAAGCGCCUUGCAAUCACACCAAGCCUUGCGACCGCCCUGAAGCACUUUCGUCUUCCAACAGCCCGACGCCUUUUGUGGGUUGAUCAAAUAUGCAUCAAUCAGAAAGACAUCUUUGAGCGAAAUAAACAAGUACAGUUAAUGCACGCUAUAUUUAGAGAAGCAACACGCGUUCUAGUCUGGUUGGGUCCGGAUGAAGAAGCAUACGCAUCGAAAGCAUUUCAGCUCUGCCAAUCUAUAUCCUCCAUAGUGGAGGAUGGCCUACUCUAUACCCUCUGCAAGAAGGCUGGUGCUGAAUUCAACUGGAUACCAAAGAAGCACUGGAAAGCCCUCAGAGAACUCACCCAGCGCCCCUGGUUCAAACGAGUAUGGAUACCACAGGAAAUUGGCACCGAAACACCGGCGGAGAUUCAUUGGGGGACAAUGCAUAUUGAUUGGGAUGUGCUGAACCAGGCAAUGAAGAACCUAGACCGUCUAUGGGAACUCAAGAAGGUCCACGAUAUAGAAACCCAGUGUAUCACUGUUCUACAUGGGCGGUUCGUACGAUCAUCAGAAGAUCGCGGUGACCGAGCGCACAGCGACUUCGUUUAUCAGCUAUUCUUGAGCGCUAGGAGUUCUGCAACUGAUCCUCGCGACUAUAUAUUUUCAAAGCUCGGUCAUUACUCAGCCUGGGUCGAAUCAGAACAAGCUGUUGUUAUUGAACCGGACUACGACAAUUCUGUACAUGCAAUCUACCAUGAGUUGGCCAUUCGGAUACUGAGAACCAGUCCCUACCUCUUGAUCCUGAAUAUGACGACCUCACCAACAUCCCCCCCGCUGCCCAGCUGGGUACCCUGUUGGCAUUCUGCGCAUUUUCCGGGCAAUUUGAUUGGCCACCCAGGCAGAUAUAGUGCAUCUAAAGAUACAUCUCACAUAGCUCGGUUCGAGGGCAACUUUAAACAGCUCAUACUGAGCGGCAUCGUGAUUGAUACCAUCAGCAAAAUCGGAGACACGUACCACCGCUUCAAUUUAUCGUCAAAAUCAUCAAGCCAGCAGCUCCAUGACGAUUGGAUAAUGGCCUUCAGCACGUUCCCUGGCUAUUCCAAUUCAAAGCCCGGUUUUCGAACCGAGCCCAAGUAUCUGCUUCAGCCAAACUUAGACAGCCUUGAGGUCUUCCUGGACGUCUUCGCGCCAGCUAAAUGCGUCGCAGAUGUCUCGCCGAUAGCGAUGGCGUACGCGUCAGGUAUAGCGGCAUUGAGCAAAACCUUCUCGUCGUUUUGGUUUCCCAGCCAAGGUGAUUCCCGGAAACUUGUGGAUUUCAAGGCCUCAUCGACCAGACCUUCAAUCUGGAUGCAGGUGGCAGCUGAACAUUCAAGUAACAGAAAGUUUGCAGUCACGAAGAAGGGCUACAUGCUGAUGGCGCCGCCCGGUGCAGCCAAAGGUGACAAAAUUUGUGUUAUCUUCGGUGGAGAGACACCUUUCAUAUUGAGGCCACAGGACAGCUCAGAAAACUACAUUCUUCUUGGGGAAGCGUAUGUGGCUGGCUUGAUGAAUGGACAGGCAAUUGCCAAGCUCGACUCGGGCGAAUUAAGCGCCAGAACUUUUCGCAUCCACUAGGUUAGUAAGACUAGUUACCUAUUACAGCUACAGAACGAGUUUUAUCGACAGCCCUCACGAAGUUGUUGUUAGAAAUUAUCAUAGCACGACGUCACCAGAUCUUAGCGUUGUGCAUUGCUAUUUAGGAACUCGGCCGCUUAGCUCUGGUAGAGUUCAGUGUUCAUACGUAGUAAGUAACAAGAAAUAUUUUUUUAAUUACAUGUGAUGG